CCAGCCUCCCUAUCACUGGUCAGAUUGCGCGCACAUGGUCCUUCACAGUGAUCUUUUCCGCGUCAACAUGGCGGCAUCCAUCGUAUCCCAGACUGUAGCGAGAGGACUACGUGGAGCAAGCGCCAAGCACUUGUUUCUUGACAAAUUCAAGUGUGCACGGGUGAGUUCCAGGCGAUGGCUGAACCUGCAGGAGUAUCAGAGCAAGAAGCUGAUGCAGGAGAGUGGGGUUACAGUCCAGCGCUUCUACGUGGCUGACAAUGCCCCCGACGCCCUGCAGGCUGCCAAGAGACUCGGUGCCAAGGAGAUAGUCCUGAAGGCCCAGAUUCUGGCUGGGGGACGAGGGAAGGGCGUGUUCGACAGUGGCCUUAAAGGUGGAGUGCACUUAACUAAAGACCCCUCGGCGGUGGGUGAGCUGGCCAAUAGGAUGCUAGGUUAUAGCCUGACCACCAAGCAGACUCCAAAGGAGGGAGUGAAAGUAAAAACGGUGAUGGUGGCUGAAGCCCUGGACAUCACCAGGGAAACCUACUUUGCCAUCCUGAUGGACCGGGCCUGCAACGGGCCUGUCAUGGUGGGCAGUCCUCAGGGUGGGAUGGACAUAGAGGAGGUGGCGGACAAAACCCCAGAGCUCAUAUUUAAGGAAGUCAUAGAUAUAUUCGAGGGGGUGCGAGACGACCAGGCGCUCCGCAUGGCAGCUAAUUUGGGUUUCAAAGGACCUCUGGAGAGACAGGCUGCAGAUCAGAUUAAGAGGCUCUAUGAUCUGUUCCUGAAAGUCGACGCCACUCAAGUUGAGGUCAAUCCUCUCGGAGAGACUCCCGAAGGACAAGUGGUGUGCUUUGAUGCCAAGAUCAAUUUUGACGAUAACGCAGAGUUCCGUCAGAAAGCCGUCUUUGCCCUGGACGACAUGUCAGAGAGCGAUCCCACCGAGACGGAGGCAGCCAAAUGGGACCUCAAGUACAUCGGCUUGGAUGGAAACAUCGCCUGCUUUGUGAAUGGCGCUGGUCUGGCUAUGGCCACGUGUGAUAUCAUCGACCUCCAUGGAGGGAAGCCGGCCAACUUCCUGGACCUAGGAGGCGGGGUGAAGGAGAAGCAGGUGUACGAGGCAUUCAAACUGCUCACUGCUGACCCGAAGGUGGAAGCCAUCCUGGUGAACAUCUUCGGGGGCAUCGUCAACUGUGCCAUCAUUGCCAACGGGAUCACCAAGGCUUGCCGUGAGCUGGAGCUCAAAGUUCCCCUGGUUGUCAGGCUGGAAGGGACCAAUGUGCAGGAGGCCAAGAGGAUCCUGUCAGAGAGUGGACUGCCCAUUGUAGCCGCCAACGACCUGGAAGACGCUGCCAAGAAAGCUGUGGCUGCCAUUGCCAAGAAGUAGUGGCCCUCAAGCCUUCCAUAAUCCUGACCAGCCCUUUCGUUCUGAGCACCCUGUUCCCCCUCCUCAGUCCACCCAAAACCACAGGGCAGGUACACCAACCCUUAAUCGAACCUUUCACCUUCCUGUCUUAUCAUGAUUAACUGCAAUAUUUAUGUUGGUGCUCCAUUAGGAAAUGACUUGGCAUCCUGACUCUUUAAUUGUGCAUUCCAUUUUGAUAGGCUGAGAAACUGUGAAAUCAUUAGAAAACUAUAACUUUAUUCAGGAAAUGCUCUGUGGUGUGUAGCUAAUGUGGUACACAUGGAGUAUUAGAAAUCAGCAUUUGAUGUUUUGUUUGUGUUAUCUUUGAGUUGUAGUAGGUGACCUCACGGGUUUGCCUUGGUUGAAGUCCAGUUUAUUGAUGCCUUAAUCAGAGCUCCUUGGUAUGUGAAAUCGCAACACAUGGGUGACUCUAAAUCUCAGACUUCAUGAUGAGUGUUAUGUUUGAAACAACUUCAAACACAACGUUGAAGGCAUUCCACAUGGAUGUUGACUCCAAUGCUUCCCACAGUUGUGCCAAGUUGGCUGGAUGUCUUUUCGCUGGUGAACCAUUCUUGAUACACAUGGGAAACACUGUGUUUUUGUUUACAUGAUUCCAUAUGUGUUAUUUCAUAGUUUUGAUGUUAUUCUACAAUGUAGAAAAUAGUCAAAAUAAAGAACCUUGAAUGAGUAGGUGUGUCCAAACUUUUGACUGGUACUCUACCUUUUGAUCAUUCAUCUGUGCCAACUUCACGAGGCCAACCAGCCAACACUGUCACAUGGCCAAUGUGUUAGAGAUAUUGUUUAAACAAAACACCAUUCUAAUUUCCUUUUUAUAACCAUGAAUGUUUGUCGACCCAUUGAGAUUAGGUCAACUGCACAGUAUGAAUCAUUUGAGAGCUUAAUGAAGGUGACUAUUUCAUAAA